UAAGAGAGAAAGCUGGGGCAAUAAAUGAUGCAAUAAAUGGUUUCAGUGGUCACUGUCAAACCAGCAGUAACCGUCGUCUAAAUUAUGUCAGGCGUCAGCUGUGUAUGCAUGUUAUGUACCUUGAAGUUAAAGUAGUCUCUCUAGCUUCCGUUUCGGACGUCAUCUUAAUCCCCUCCAACCACCGGAAACGCUGGAUAAAGCCGAGGUUGCAAAGUGCGUCACAACGCGGAGCGGCUGCGAGUAAACGGAACCUACAGUCCAGCACCGAGAGGCACAAGAAACCCGAGCUGACGUUUCCACUCCAGCAUGGUGAAGAUUGCUUUUAACGCGGCUCUGGCGCAGAAGGCGCUGGGCAAAGAGGUGCCAGCCGGCGUGAAGGAUCCUGAGCUGGCCUCUGUUCCAGUGGGCAACGAGGGCUCCACAGGUCGCUGCCUUCUCACCCUGCUGGGCAUCGCCUUCAUCCUCAGCGGGCUCAUCGUUGGGGGAGCAUGUCUCUAUCGAUAUUUCACCCCGAAGAGGCUGUAUCACGGUGCGAUGCAGUUCACUGACGUGUCAGCCGGAGCUGGAGGAGAGAACCAGCCAUACUACCUGCCACGGGUGGAGGAGGAGGUGGAGAUCUCUGACAGCAUGGCCGUCAUCAGCGUCCCACCUCCCCGCUUCAGACCAGGGGACCCUGCUUACAUCCUCCAUGACUUCAACAGGAAGCUGACGGCAUAUCUGGACCUGACUCUGAGGACCUGCUUUGUGAUCCCUCUGAACACCUCGGUGGUGCUCCCCCCUCAGGACCUCAUCGACCUCUUCUCACAGCUGAUGUCUGGCUCUUACCGCAGCUACUUGGUGCACGAGGACCUGGUGGUGACGGAGCGUAUUGAUGAUAUCAAGCCUCUGGGCUUCUACAUCCGUCGGCUGUGUGAUGGAAAGGAAACAUACAGAAUGCAACGCCGCUCCAGCCUGCCAGGUGGAGGCAUCCAGAAGCGCUCUGCAGACGAAUGUUUCACCAUCCACCACUUUGAGAACAAGUUUGUGACGGAGACCAGGAUCUGCAAGGCUUGAUGGGAAAGCAUGAGCAUAGGUCAGAGAGAGAGUGAGAGAGAGAGAGAGAAAGAGAGAGAGAAAGAGAGAGAAGGUGGGGGUAGGCGAAGGAGGGAACAACUUUUAGCAGAAAGUUACUUUUGUAUAAAACUCGUAACUCCAGUUUUUGCCUCCCCUGCUUUAACCUCAGUGAUAAGUGAAUUUAAGUUACAGCGUUAUAUAGCCUAACCCCCCUCCUCUGCUGUAUUCCCCUGAACCUGUAUAAGUCAUAGCAAAUAUUCACUAAUUCGUCUUGUACUGAUAACCAGCGUCAGCCUGCUUACUAAGGAGUUACUAAGUUUCAUUUGUUAUGUUGGUUUUUGUUCUGUUGCUGUAGCUUCCUGCAGACUCAUCGUUGUAACUGUAUUACAACAUCCAGUCACCUCCAGACGAGAGUUGUUAGUCCUUCUACUGAAUAUCCUAGUGAUACUGAGAAGUCAUUCAUAUCAGACCUGUCUGUGUGUCAGCCUACUGGUCCCACUAGAGCAGCCUUGACAAGAUCUACUAUGUUAUAGUGUCAUAUAGCACAAGUCACCCUGGAAAUGUAAGGUAGCGUACCGUUACAGUACACAUGUAACAUGGUUGUCAGUGUCUUGUAUGGAUGGUAGCAGAGAUGCUCAAGCCCAGAGCUCUCAGCCACCGUUUUUGUAGAUAUUUCCCAGAGUGCCCCGCUGCUCCCAGAGGCCUCUGCCGUCCUGCUGUGUGAUGAUUUUAUGUGAUUGAUGGUGUCAUAACUGACGGUGAACAGUCUAGCACUCUAUAUGACCAGUGUUUAUGUUUGUGUAGAAACCUCAUUUGUGACAAUAAACUUGAAGGAAGGUUGAUGAGCUAAAGGAGUGAAUAAGAUAAAGGGAAAUUGCACCAAAUUUGACUUUGAAAACACUCAUUCUUUCUGUCAGCAUUUUUGAAUUCUUAUCCAUGAACUAGUAGUCCCAUAACAUGUGAUUACCCUUAUUGAGAUAGCUGUAAUACAUAGUUUACUGUAUGUGGCUACAAGUUUUGCAAAACACUAUAUAUUUAAAAAGGCAAAUUGCAACAACAACAAUUUGUUUGUAGAAAUCCUUCAGUGAAUCUGCAUAAAACGCUUGUCCUUGCUUUUGAAAGCCCUUAAGGAUAAGCUUGAAAGUAUGAAAAAAUGGCCUUUUGCCACAUAACGUCAAGUUAUUUUCAAUGGUUUCCCACUCAAUGCCUGCACAGAAAGACAAUCAGACAAAAAGUGUGCUUGUAAAAAUGUGUUUCUGUCUCAGCUUUUUAACAAUACUUGAAGAUCAGAUUUAAAGAAAACAAUGUUGUGCGCAGCUACUGAAUGAACUUCACUUUGUUGUUGAAUAAAGUUGCAUUUCUUUACCUACUGAA